AGGAACUCCAGAAACCAUUACAGACCGUGACAGAGAAUCCUAAGAGACCAUCACAGACCGUGACAGAGAAACUGUAGUUUUGAAGCAUCAAAUAAACUGUAAGCUGCAAAUCUAUCUUGAAGAAAUGGAACAAAACGAUGUCCAUUUAAUUAAUUACAAUAGGUCCAUCGUGUUUCACAUUUUUAAUCCCGCAAGGAAUUGCACUAACAGCUUUUAAUCAUGUGAAACCGAAAUAAAUAAGAUAAAUAUAAAAAGUAAAGACUUGAAAUAUUCAGAGUCAUGAAGAUAGAAAGAAAAUAUUGCUCAUUUUGGGGAUAGAGUAUAAGAUCCACGGUCUUCUAAUAUGUCGAUGGCUUUAUUCAUAUUUCAUCGUUACUUACAUAAUUUCAUAGCAUUCAAAUAAUCAGUAUCUCAAGGAUCAUUAAUUUACCUUAACCAAUUCAAGUAGACUUUAACCUUUAAAAUAAUUAAUAAGGAUUUUAUUUUGUGAGCUGUUUUGAUUCGUUAUAGUCACCAUUGGAAAAUAAUUUGAAUGAUUUUUCAAUGAACAAUAUUCGAAAUGAAGUGGAUGAAUAUAAAUCCCUGGCAUCAGAAAUAAGAAAACAUAGAACUUCCACUUCGUCGAUAGCAACAAUUGAUUCUGAUUCAACAUCAACUGAUAGUGAUGAAUAUAUUGAUAUAGGUAAAGAUUAUUCAAUGCAAAACAAAUCAUCAUCAACAACUGUUGAUUCAAGCAAAACUGAUAUAGAAAAUAAUAAAAAUUCCCUGGAAGGAAUAACUUAUAAUGAUAAUGAAAAAGAAAAUUCUAUUAAACCAUGGUUAGAUGAAAUGCGUAAGCAAUUUUGGUUUCGUUACUUAGAUAGUUUACCCAAUCAAAGUGAAUUUGAUGUAGAAUUAAGUGGAAAAAUUAUAUUAUUAAAAUCAAUUAUUGAUAAAUGCGCUGAAAUCGGUGAUAAAAUUCUUGUAUUUUCACGUAGUUUAUAUUCAUUGGAUUAUAUUGAAAAGUUUCUAAAGCAUUUACACAUUCAAAAUGAAAAACAAUAUCAAACUCUUUUAUCAGAAAAAAAUAAUCGCAGUAUACCUACACCAGUGCAAUGGAUUUCUGAAAAAGACUAUUUCAGAAUCGAUGGUAAAACAAAAAUUAUAUUAAGAAAAAGUUAUAUAGACACAUUUAAUGAUCCAUCGAAUUCACGUGUUCGAUUAUUUCUUAUAUCAACAACUGCUGGUGGUAUUGGAAUUAAUUUAACUGCUAGUAAUCGAAUUAUUGUUUUCGAUGCAAGUUGGAAUCCAAGGUGA